GACUGUGAAUAUAUCUUGGCACCCAAAUGUUUGUUUAAAAAAAUAAGCAAUUGACGCAUACAGAGCUGACUGUUCUGUUGUUUCUUUCUAAAUCUAAUGUGAACUUGCAAGCCAAAAUAUUCAGUGUGACUGCUUUUUACUAAAGUCCAACUCUGAAGUCGUAAAUGACAGUCCUACUAAAAUAAAGGUACUACACCAACAAGGAAACAUUCUGAUUUCACCUAUAGUAUAUCAUUUUCAACAAUAUGGUGCCUCCUGGGAAAAGACCAGCUGGUGAAGCCUCAAAUUCAAACAAAAAAUGCAAACGUUACUUCAAUGAACACUGGAAAAGUGAAUUUACAUGGUUGGAGUUUGAUUAUGACAAAAAGCUAAUGUUUUGCAGGGAAUGUCGUCAAGCACUAGUUAGGAACAAGCAUGGGAAAGCGGACAGUGCUUUUUCUCUUGGCACUGAUAACUUCCAACGCCAUGCACUUCUACGCCAUGUGGCAUCAGGAGCUCACAAACAGGCUUUGAUGGUCAAUAAAGGACAACCUUCUGAAGAGCAACCAUCUGAAAACAUUCCACAGGCAAAAUGUGUCAUUAAAGCAGAGAGUAAACCUUUCAAAAUUGCUGUAAUGUCGACCAUAUAUUGGAUGGUUAAAGAGGACAUCCCACAAGAGAAAUGUGCAUCACUUUUGGAGCUUCAGAAGUUCAACCACUGCCAAACACUCCUGGCUGAUGACCCUUGUGAACAUUGUUGUUUGAGUGACUUGAAGGAAAUGCAGGAAGCAAUUGUAAAAGUACUUCAGAAUGAAGAUAGGCACAGGAUGAACACUUCACAAUUUAUUGGACUUAUUCUGGAUGGCACAGUAAAUGUUAAGGGACAUCAACAUGUUAUAAUGUUUUCAACAGCUAUCUCCCCUUGUGAUGGGCACAUAUCCAUAAUAUUUCUAGGCAGCUUUGAACUGCCUGUUGCAGACAGUCACAUUGUUUUGGAAAAUGUGCUAAAAGUAAUGAAAUAUCUUGAUGUUCCAAUGGUAAAGCUAUCCUGGUUGAGUUCUAUUGGCUCCUCAGUGAUGGUUAAUAAGUCAAGUGGUGUUGGAAAAGAACUGAAACAUUUUUGUCCUAUUUUAUCAGAGAUUCACUGUGUAUCACAAAAAAAUGAAUUGUUUCCAAGUGUCACAAACAUAGAAUAUAUAAAGAAAUAUGAGGAAACCGUUGAUGCAGUGUUCAGACUUUCUUCAAAUUUAGAAGCUGGGGAAGCCAGUCUUUGGGAACUUCAGCAUGUUCUAAACUUGUGUGAGAUUGACAUUGAGAACCACCGAUCUGUGCAUUGGACUUCCAUAUUACAGGCCGUGGAAGCCAUAGAUUCAUCAUGGCCAGUACUUAUUUUAUUCCUCGAACAUAAUUCAGGUAAAUCCCCCAUGGCAUUUAGACUCUGUGAAGAACUGAAGACAUUCCAGUUUGUUGCUUUUACAAAACUUCUGUUAGAUGUCCUGCUCAUUUUCCAGAAGCUUAGUAGAUUUUUCCAAAUGGAAGAACUUGAUCUUUCUAUGGUUAAGCCAAUUGUCAGUGCUACAAUUGCUACUCUUAUAGCGCAUAAACACACAAGUGGCCAGCAUUUACAAAAGUUUAUUAACGAAAUGAAUGCAUGUCCUGCAGAUGACUAUGAAAAUACAAAGUUUCAUUAUAAAGGGGUAGAAUGUGAUAACUUUAAUAAGGCAUAUCUUAAAAGUUUUGAACAAUUAAAGAAAAUGUAUCUUGAAAGCAUAUGUGGAAAUUUGCAGGACAGGUUUCCUAAUCAAGUCCUGGAUACCUUAAAUUCAUUCUCUGUUAUUUUUAAUCCCAAGGCAUAUCCACGAUCAUUAGAUGACAUUGGACAAUAUGGAAAUGAUGAGCUUUGUUAUCUUUUAGCCCAGUAUUCCCAAGCAGUUGUUGGAGAAAGAGCUAUGAAUGAUUUUCCUUUGUUCAAGCGGAUUGUUUUCAGUGUUAGACAAUUAUCUUUCAAGGACCUGUGUGUCAAGUUGGUUCAUACAGACUCUGAAAUGCAUGAACUGUUUCCUGAUUUUUCUACCCUUGCUGGAAUAGUUUUGGCAUUGCCAGUGGGAUCAUUCUUGUAUGAAAAAAUUAAUAAAGUAAAACAAAUGGCAAAUCAAAGGUGCAGUCUGGUAAAACAUGAAGGAUUAUCCAAUAUAAUGAAAAUUGCCAUUGACGGGCCUACAAUCAAAGAAUUUGACUUUGCAAUGGCAGUUCAGUGCUUUGAUAACAUAAAAAGAAGUUAAUUGUAGUGACAGGAGGAAUGCCGGUUUAAAACUAAGGACUGUAUUACAUUGCCUGUUUAAUGAAAAAACUGACAUGAUAAGAGCCUAGAAGGUUGUGACAAGUAGUACUGGCAAACAAUACUGACCUUAAGAAGUUUCAGUUUUUCCUUUUGACACAAGCUCAGAGAUGACUAUAUUUAGCCAAGGUUAUGCUUUGUAUUUAUGAUGUAUGGGGGCAAAACCCCUGCUAAAUAAAGAUAUCCAUCCAAGUUCUCAUUGCUGUACGCUUUAACUACAUUCCCUAUUUCUGCCUGUCUCCCUGCAACCAUUUGUAUUCUAUGCUGAGGAUCCAAUGGCACUCAGGACCAAAUUCCAAUUUCAUUAGCUGUUGGACUGAAGCUGUGGUCUCCUGAAACUUCCUGAUAGCUAAAUACAACUUAUACAGCAAGAUGCUAUGAACUCAUAGUUGGUAUAUUUAGUGAAGGGUAUAAGGCAAAGCCCCUUACGCUGGGUUAGUAAAUUUUAUUUGUGUGCUGUUAUUGAGAGACCACCAUCUCAGACUAGCAAUUUUGGACAGGGAAACAUUCCACAUGUAGUGGUCCCAUCAUUACUAAAUAUUGAACCUAAUGUAAAAAAAUAAAAUGUUUUGUGUGUAGUUUAACACUGUGAAUCAAAACAUAGACAUGCACGUGUAUUCACAUACACACACGCACCCACAUGCAUGCACACACAUGCGUACACACACACACACACACACA